AAACACCUUAUCACCAAUCCAAUGUUGGUUAUAUUUCCCUCCACAAUCACCUGUCAAUAACACCAGCCAACCAACCAACCAUUGUCAUGGCCGGAAAUUCGGCCUUACAGACACUCACUGUUCCUCGCUGUAACCCAUCUCCCUUUAUGUCUUUUUCCUUUUCCCUUUUCCCCAAACGCCCAGUCUUUCACUCACCCACUAAUUACAAAACGUCUGUAAAUUCAGUCCCCUUGAAGUUGAAGGGGAUUAAGUGCAUCAAGAAUGAAGUAGGAACUGACCCAAAGGCCGGCGUCAGUGUUUACAAGCCAAGAUCAUAUGAAGUCCUUGUUUCUGAUGCCGCCAAUUCUCUCUUCUAUGCCCUUAAUCAUGGAAAGACUCGACUCGAAAUUGACUUCCCGCCCUUGCCCACCAGCAUUUCUUCUUAUAAGGGAUCUUCGGAUGAGUUCAGUGAUGCCAAUAUCCAACUUGUACUAGCUGUUGUUAAGAAGCUUCAGGAAAAGAAGGAAACUAGAGCUUGUGUGGUGUUUCCUGAUAAACCAGAAAAGCGUAGGGCCUCCGAGUUUUUCAAAUCAGCUCUUGACUCGAUAGAUGGUAUUACCAUUAGGUCCUUGGAUGAUAUUCCUGCUGGCGCUGUGACUACAUUCUUCAGAUCUAUAAAGAAUACACUGGACUUCGAUUUUGAGGAUGAGAAUGAAGAUCGUUGGAAGUCUGACCAGCCUCCUACACUUUAUAUAUUUAUCAACUGCAGCACUCGUGACCUUUCGUACAUUGAGAAGUAUGUGGAAAAAUUUGCUAUGUCAACCCCUAGCCUCCUUUUCAAUCUAGAACUUGAUACCUUGCGCGCUGACCUGGGUAUUGUAGGCUUUCCACCCAGGGAAUUGCAUUACAAAUUUCUUUCUCAGUUCAUCCCAGUUUUUUAUAUCCGAACAAGAGAGUACUCAAAGACAGUUGCAGUGGCACCUUAUAUUGUGAACUACAGUGGAGCUCUCUUCCGUCAAUAUCCUGGGCCUUGGCAGGUGAUGCUGAAACAGACAGAUGCUUCUUUUGUUUGUGUGGCAGAGAGCGCAACUCGCUUCACUCUUAACGAAACCAAGGAAGAACUAUUGAGAGUCCUUGGACUGGAAGAGGAGCAAGGAAGCUCACUUCAAUUUCUCAGAAGAGGAUACAAGACUGCAACUUGGUGGGAAGAAGAUGUUGAUUUAGAAGCAUCCUCUGCAUGGCGUAGUUGAACAGAAGAUUACCACAGAAGAAGAGGAUGGCUGAUGGAGACUUAUAAUAGACACUCGGAUGGUGGAGGAACAAGCUACUGAAUUACCAGAAUUGUUGAUCCAGCAUUUCCUUCAGAAAAAUGCUCUAUGUAUUUAUCUUAUCUUUUAGUAACUUGUAUAUUUCAACCAAAAAGAAGGUUGUCUUAAAGACGUGACAAGUCCUUUGAGGAUUCUUUGUGCCGUCCCACCCCUGCCCUGCACCAUUGUCACCCUUAUUUUUCCCUUUAUAUUUAUUUGACUAUGAGUACUAAGCUCAAUCUCUUCUCCAACUUGUGAAUACAAAAACAUUAAAGAAGGUUGAUUCCAA